AUGGAGACGGCCACAGUAGGACCCGUUUGGGCCAGGCCCGCCUUCAAGCCCGUACCAUUUGGCUGCCACGUGACGCUCGUCGAGGCGCUGCUCGAUGGAGCCCACGGGGAUUAUGGCGUGGCCGAGCUCGCCGGCGACGAAAAUCAAAUCCUCAUUCCAGUGGAAGGCGGAGGUUUGGUGGCUCAUGGACCCACGCCGGGUCCGAGCCGAUUGGAACCCGAGUUGACCCUUGACCCGGAUUUCUGGGGCGGUCAGUGGCGGCAGGUUGGGGAUUAUGUGAAGAUCCUGGGCUUCGAUGACGGUGAGCCUGAGGUACCAGAGUUUAGGCGCCUGGUACACCUUGGGGCGCGUGAAGACCACAAAUGGCUGGGGGGCGUCGGAGCUCCACGACUCGGGGAACGCGUCGUCGGCCUGCGUGCCGAUCCAGACAGACAGCUGGAUGUCGCCGGAGACUCCGCUGGUGUCGUCGCCGGAGGUGGGGGCGGCGCCGCUCUCGAGGUGGUACCACUGUGGGGCGAGGGGGCUGUCGGGCGGGUCUCGGACUGGGACGUCGGACAGGUCGAAGCAGACGCCGCCGAGAAAUUUCUCAGACGGGCCGCCGUCCCAGACGGAGAUCUCGAGGGUGGAGCUGGCGGAGGUUUCCUUGUUGUGGCCGAUGGCGAACACCUGGUUCCACUCGGGGUUCGCCGACGGGUCGCCACCCGGCGGGGCAGCCGCGGGCUUCGAUUUGGCGAAGUGGCCGGAGGUGCGGAUCUUCACGUGCGGGCUCUCUUUCGGGCCGAGCCCACGGGCCUUGACGAUCCUCACGAAGAGGUACUGCAUCGGCUCCACCAGAUCGAAGGCCUGGAUCCUCUCCGACGCGUCCCCGGACAAUUUCCCGGCGAUUACCCUCGGCGAGUAGUCCCCGUUCGGCGGUGGCCUCCGGGCGACCCUCACCCUCUCCCCCGGCCCCAUCGGCGGCCCGUUCAACCCAUUCCCCAUCUGCAUUCUCCUCACAUCUGGAGAAAACAUAUGCGGCGGCCGCAUGUUCUCCUGCGGCUGGGGGCCGUUCUCUGGCGGCGGCGGCGGCUCGUGAGCCCUGACAAACGGCGGCGAGUGCUCCCGGGGCUCCAUGGCUACAUGGGCCGGCAUCGGCAUCGUCAUCGAUGGCGGAGGCUCCUCCAUAACCACCAGCACCGGCCGCUUCAUCACCUCCUCCGGACCCGACGGCUUCUCCGGCUCCUGCUCCUGCGCCGGCGGACCAGGCGGCUGCUCCUCCUGCUGUUGCUGCGGCGGCUCCUCGAAAACCUCCUCAUAAUAAUAAAUCUUCAACCCCAAUUCGCCCCUAAUCCAGCUGAACACGCUCUUCUUCUCCAGCGUGAAAUACACCAAACCCUCUUCCCCUCGCCGAGCAAACUGCGACCCGUACAGCUUUACCCUUCCCAGAAAAUGGUUCUUCCUCGCGUUUCCAUUGCUGAGCUUCUUGUCGUUGAAAACCUCGAUGUUGAGCUCCUCGAACUCCAUGGUGUUGGGGUCGGUGACGACGAACUCCAGGGCCUCGUUCCAUACCGGGUUCAGGUUCCUCUGCACGGUGGACGUCCGCCGCUUCUGGCCGUCGAAAUCUGCCACCACGUACGGGCUCGAGCUGCCCUGCCCGUCCUUGGGGAGAAGGUCCCGGGCCUCGAUUACCUCGACUAUUAG